AUAAAACACUCUCAUACCCAACAAAUACAGUGUCUGUAUUUGAAGCUAUACUCUGUUUAUUUUGCCAGAGAGUUAUUUCAGGGCUCAUAAGCGAACGCACCCGGAUUACAAUUAAUUCUGCCUUACUGAGAGAGGAAAUUCGAAAAUUUAUUUGGAUAAAUAAAUAAUGACUUUGGAGGUAUGACGAAUUUUUCAGAACACCUUGCGUAGUUGCUGGCUGAUUAUAGGGAACAAAUACAAGGUCAUUUAAUGCCUUAGUUUUCUCAAAUUUUGACGAUAUUUCGUCAAAGUGUUCGGAUUCAAGAGACCAUUUUUUCCCAAGAGCUUUGCAGGAUCAUUUCUCAACAGGUUAUAACUGCAAAUAUGGAAAAUUUCAUAAUCGUUAUCCUCAAGAUUUCAAUAUUCUGUUUCCUGUCCACUGCUGUAUCAGCCAAUUCUUCUAAUUCAGUCGUAAUAACUCCAAGUCCAAGUGCCGUGAAUGGCAGCAUGCAGAGUACCACGCCCAUUGCCGAAGCAACAGGAAAUAUGUCAAGCACCAUUGCAGUGAAUCAAACCUACGUGGCACCUCAACCGACAGCAUCGCCUGGAGGACAGCCAGGUCAAGGACAGGGCCAGGGACAAGGAGGACAGGGGGGACAGUCGACACAAUCGAACACUGCCGGACAGUCAGCUUCCGUAAGUCCGAAUUCUACUGCUUCUGUGGUACUUCAGGAAACACCUUCAGCUGGGGGACAGUCAGCUGGGGGACAGUCAGCUGGGGGACAGUCAGCUGGGGGACAGUCAGCUUCUGUAAGUCCGAGCUCUACUGCUUCUGUGGUACUUCAGGAAACACCUUCAGCUGGGGGACAGUCAGCUGGGGGACAGUCAGAUGGGGGACAGUCAGCUGGGGGACAGUCAGGGCAAUCGAACACUACCGGACAGCCUGCUUCUGUAAGUCCAAGUUCUACUGCUUCUGUGGUACUUCAGGAAACACCGUCAGCUGGGGGACAGUCGAGUGGACAAUCAAGUUCCGGUGGACAGUCGAGUUCUGGUGUUCAAAUAUCCAAUCAAUUAUCAGCGUACCUUAAAACCCUGAGUCCAGAGCAGAAAAAAGUGGUAGAAGAAUUUGACACUAAGCGAAAGCAAGAUAUGCAAAAGCUGGAAAUUACGUCUGAGGUAAAGCCGUUGACGUCGGAGAGUGCCGAUAGCAGUUUUAUACCAAAAUUUGGUUCACUGCUCGAGGAUUCUCAAAGGUUUGGACAGGAUUUUGACAAUCAGUUCAAUGCUAAACUUGACUACACUGUUAACACCAACUCCACUGUUCUGCAGACGAAGAAGAUUGACUGCGUUUCACAAAGGGUGAAUCGCUUUCCAGUGAAUCCACAGAGUACAGGACUAGCAGCAAACUUUAUUUCGUUGCCUCUACAAUGCCCCAUGAUCGUCAAACAAGCUCCAGCCUCAAGAAGACGUCGUGAUGUUGACUACAGCGUCGAGUUAAAGUGGGACUACCAUCCUAAAGAAGACCCUGUUGAAUACGUUCACAUGUAUCGAUACAUUCGAGCCAGGAGAGAAGCCGCUGAACAGCAGAAUAACAGUUGUUCGCAGUCUCCUUGUUUGGACACAAGACUCAGCAUGACAUUGAAGAUCACGAGCAGGAACUACACAACUGAACUUAACGACAAAGCUUCGAAUCAGUACAAAACGUUGACUGAAAACAUCAAAAACCUGCUGAGUAACAACAUCACCGCUACAAAUAGCAAUUGGGUAAUAAAUAUCCAUGGCUUUGAACUAAGCUCUGGAAGCAUUGGUGUAAGCUUCUUUGUUGAUUGCCCGACCACUUAUUGGUCAAACAUUAAAGAUCAGCUUCAACUCAUCGUUAGUGUUGCAUCAUUUGGAAACUAUAGCAUUAAUCCUUCAUUCUCGAUUGUACAGAAAGUUACCGUUGUUGAUGGGGCUUGGUCUAAAUGGUCUGCUUGGCCUGACUCACCCAACAGUUUCGAGGAAUGUGGUGACAAUUUCCGAGUUCGACGUGACAGAAGCUGUACUAAUCCGAGCCCUGAAAAUGGAGGCAAAAAAUGCGAAGGACCAAGUGUAGAAUACAAGAAAUGCAAUUGCAGUAGAACAUUCGAGAACACAGGUGGUACAAUAUCUUCACCCUAUUGGUCAAGCAAGAAUUAUCCAUUUGAUACAGAAUGCGUCUGGAUUCUUAAAGCUCCCUUCAAUCACAGCGUUGUUCUUAAUUUCGACGAGUUUAACUUGGAGUCGGAUAAAAAAUGCUUCUACGAUUAUGUGCAAGUUUUUGAUGGUAGCAACUCCAGUGCGCCAGAGUUGAUGCCAAGGACGUGUGGAACGAAAGGUUUUAACAGGACACUAAAGUCUAGUGAUACGAUUAUGAUGAUAAAAUUCAGGUCUGAUAAAACCGUCAAUGAUAAAGGGUUUAAAGCUACUUGGACUAAAAUGGUACAGCCUUGGAAGCCACCAAAGCCAAUCGAAUACGAAGAACAAAAUGUGACAGUCACCAACCUGAUAUCCUGCCCAACAUACAACAAUUCAUUCAUUCCCCUGGGAAAAGCCACGACCUGUCUUGAUAAAAGCUCCGGUGGUGACUGUUAUUUCGAGAAUCCUGCCUACCUCAUCAGCUGCGUGAUUGGCGUAAAGAUGAGUCGAAAUCUACCACUGACAGAAUCUUCUGCAAUAAACGCCACCUUCAGGCACAUUAUGCACAAAGACCUUUUCCCUGGCUUUUAUACCGAGGACAAAUUCUGUGUGACGUGGAACCAAAGUUUAAGGUUGUGUACAAGAAACUAACAUUGCUGGCCAACACGUACAGUGGAAUUGGUAUUUCAUUCUUCUUGAUAUUACUGGCCAUCUUUCACAUCGUCUGGAAAGUGAACAUCCAUGGAGGAGAGGUGAUGCGAAUGAACAUUUGCGUGGCUAUCAUUGUCAUGAUGACAGCCUUCCUCAUCGGUGCUAAUGUGGAGGCUGAAAAGACCUUGUGUGGCUUCCUCACGUUCCUUCUUCUGUUCUCUGUUUUUGCGCAAUUCUUAUGGCUCAUGCUUCACGGUCUGCGGAUCCAUGGAAAGAUUAAGGAAGUUUUUGCCUCGGGUUUCAACAUCGAGAUCGUCUACGUGGUCUUUGGCUGGGGUCUUCCUCUUGUGUUAUCCCUGAUUGCCAUUGGAAUUCAAGUUGAGAUCAAGAAUGAAAAAGAUGUGUGCUGGACAGCAGUUGCUGGUGGUUCCAUGUGGGGGUACUCUGCACCAUUACUCGUUAUUAUCCUGUUGAACAUCUCUGUCUUGAUUGCAAUUCUGAUACCAACCACUGAAAGAAAAACCAAAUACGACUACCGUGAGAUGAAGUAUCGCGUUAUCAAAGAUGGUGUUCUUCUUGUCUUGUUUGGGGUCACUUGUUUGACUGCCUACUUGACAGUUGCCAACGAGACUUUCGCGCCACAGUACUUCCUGACCAUUUCAAUCAUCCUGCAGGCUGUUGCCAUGAUUGUCUUCGGACGAGAGGGUCGCAAAGAUUUCGUAAAACUUAAGAAGAAGAAGGUGGAUAUGGCUGACUCAUUAUCUCAGAACACCAACGAAGAAGACUUCCCGGAAAGGUUCGAUGAAGAAUCUAUGUCUGAUCGAAGGAGCAGCAAGAAAAGCGGCAAGUCAGGGAUCAAUUCUCCUGGCGUAGAUGCUCGAACGAAGAGCCUGAGAAGCGGAAAACAGCAGGAAACAGACAUCGAUGCUUAGCGAAACCUCACUGCACGUAUAUCCAAUAUAACCUACACGAGAGAUAUCCAUAUUUACUGCACAUGCCCGGGUGUGUCAAAUCCUGUUACUUUUAGUAUAGGGAGGGUAUGUUUUAAACCCGUGAUUCGUAAGUGAAUGUUCUUAUGGAAAGCCAUUACUCUGUCUACCUAAGACGCGAGAAGUCGACGCUAAAGAACCCCCUUCACCCUCACUGAAAAAGCAUACCUUCCAAUAGAAUCCUUGCAUGUGACGUCAAUGCAGCUCAAUUUGGAGGAAAAAGAAAAGAAUUUUAAUCUGAGAAUUGAAAAUCUAGUGUUAUGUUCUCCAAAACGAGCUGCACUCCGACGUACUGCAAGGGGUCUAUAGAUUUACAAUUGUGAAUGACAUUAGAGGUGCAGACAUGCACAAAAUCGUACUCGACGGCCCCUUUUACUUAGAUGCAUGGCUUAGAAAUCCAUAAGCCAGCCUAUUGUUCUUGUGUGGGGGACUAAAUAAUAUUCUUUUUUUUUCUUUCUAACUCUUGAAGUAAUGUUCUCACGGCGAGUUUAAAAUUCAUUUCAAUUCCAAUUAGUCUCGAUCUUAAUAUUUUAAUAUUUUCCAUAGAAAAAGAGCUGGCUUUGGUCUUGCUACGUUAGGUGUUAAGGUCACGAAAUAAAGCCUUUGACUGCUAUCAGCUUAUCUUCAAAAAUGCUAGUCAAUAAGAAUCGAAAAAGUGUGCAAUAAUGAGGUGUCACUUUUCUCUUGAAACAGUGGAUUUCCAGGCCAACAAUGAAAAAUAAUAACGUUAAAUAAGCACGUGAUAAUAGUAACAGAGUGACUGAUGUGUGUUUUAUGUUAAUUGAAUAUUAUUCUUAAGUUCUAUGUUUGACCCUCCCCCUCCAAAAACAGUGUACCUUUCCUGAAGAUUGAUGAAUUUUGAGCAACAUUUUGGAUCAUUAGUUAAUAUUAAGGAGUUUGACUUUAAAAAAAUCAACGAAUUACACUCAAAUAUGUAUUCAAUUCAUUCACGACAGUGCAAGUUAUUUGGCUUGUGCCGUAUUCAGUAAACACGCGUACAUUUUGUAGAGAAAGAAAUGAAGUGUUCAAACCAACAAACACAUUUUUGAAUAAGCAAGUGUAAGACUGCUUUUUACGAAUAAAUAGCACUUAAAUCAC